UUUUUCUCUCUCUUCCAAUCUAAUAGCUCAAGUGUACUACUUAUGUCUGAUAUCAUCUCAUCAUAUAGUUGGCACUGGGUAGUAUUAAUUUCCCUUCAUUUUGUUGUACUUUCCGUCUAGGCUCAACCUCCCAGGAAGCACUUCUCUCAAGCAAAAAUCUGUUGUUUGGAAAAAGGAAGAAAUGGAGGAGAAUUCAGAAUGUAAGAAUUGCAGUACAUGGGAAGAGGAGAUGUACUGGAAACAUUUCAACUCAAUGCAUUUUUGUCAGACCUUACAACAAGAUUUUCAUGAUCAUCUUGUGCUGCCUGAGAAAUUUGCUGCAAACAUGAAAACACAGUUGCCAGAUAAAGUGCCUCUCAAAGGCCCUGGUGGAGCAUCAUGGGAGAUAGAGCUGCUAAAAUGCGACGAUCUUCUUUUUGUUGGAAAUGAAUGGAAAGACUUUGUCAAAGCUAAUGAUCUGAAAGAGAAUUGCCUCUUAGUGUUCAAGUAUAAAAGGAACUUGGGUUUUGAGGUCAUAAUCAUUGACGAAGGGAGUUCCUGUGAGAAGGAGUCUGCCUACUUUGUUAAGAAAUGCCGGCAUACUAAGUCGGACCUUGAAGUUGUAAAAAAGAGGAGUUCAAGGGAAGCAUCCAGCACUGAGGUUAUUGAGGAUGAUGGUGAUGAAGAUUCUCCCUUUGUUGUAUCUAAGAAGUCCAGGAAAGAAGAUGGACUAGUGGCUUGCUCGGGAGAAAAGGUGAACUUCCAAACUCCAAGAAAACGCGUGGUUAAUGCAGCUGCCAGACGUAGAGGUAGACCAAGAAGAGUGCAGCCAUGCAAAUCAACUAUUAAACCAAAUGUCCGAUCUUCUGAAAAAAAUUCAAUCAGUGAUGAAGCAGCCAAGGAUCUGAGCCACGCUUCACACAUAAAUGUGAUCACCCCUGAUAAUGGAGAAAGUUUCCCCGAGAAAGACCAUUCCCACAAAUUGGAGUCCCAAUCUAAAAAAAACUUGAAUGGAGAUGACGCUGCUAGAGAACCGAAUCUGAUUUCUACUAUAGAGCUGAUCACCCCUGAAAAUGGUGAAAAUUCCCAAGCUGCAGAUCGCUCUCAGACAUUAAAGGCCCAAUCUGAAAAUCAGCCAAGUGGGGAUGUUUCUGUGAUCCAACCGAGUCAGAUUUUCGAGAGGAACUUGAUUGAAAAUGGAGAACUUUUCCAGGUCAUAGACCAUUCUCCCAUAAUGAAGGCUCAAUCUGAAAAGUUGCCGAGCAGAGAUGAUACCUCCAACAAACUAAAGUGGAUUUCAGACAAGGAGCUGAACACCCCUGAAAAUGAUCUGGUAGAAAAGGAGCUGAUGGAAAGAGGUACAGCCAAGAAAUUAAAACAAAUUUCAGGACGGGAGAUGAUCAGACCUGAUUACAAAGAGAGUUCCGCAGAGGAAGAUCGUGCUUGCAAAACUCGUGUGAAAAGAGGCAGAGGAAAGAAGCAAAAUCUUCCUAAAUCUUCAAAGAAGCUGGUGUUCAAAAGUGUCUCGGAUGGAAAGAGGUUCUCGAGGGAGUACAUAUCGAAUAGAAGGGCAGUUACUGAGAUGGAGAAAGAAGACGCUUUGCAAAGGGCAAACACGAAACUUACACCAAAUAGUUUCAUUGCAGUGAUGCGGCCUACUGGUGUUUACAAGAGAUUUUUCUUGAGCGUUCCAGCUAACUGGCUGCACAAGUAUCUCCCUCGUCGAAACCAAGAAAUUGUUCUUCGUGUGAAGGAUCAAACAUGGGUGACUAGUCUAUUUUACUAUGGCAGUAGAGGUGGAGGGCUCUCUACUGGGUGGAAGAAAUUUGCCCUCGAGAAUUUCCUAGAGGAGUUUGACGUUUUAGUCUUUAAGCUCGUAAGCAAGAAAGACGAGGCAGCUGUUCUGGAUGUUGACAUAUUUAGAGUUGUAUCGAACAUCGUUCCUCCUCUCCCCAUGAUUUCUUAGGCUAAUAGUAGUAAGUUUUAGUGUGUCUUGCUUGGUAGGAUAGGCACUUGAAAGUGGGUCUUACUUGGUGAAAUAUGAAUUAGAAAGUGUGUAUUUUCCUAGUCUCUUAACUGAAUUUUCAUAUAACACAGUUAUUGACUUAAUUUAAAUGUAACUCGGAAGCUAAAAAGACUACUUAGUAUGUACAUAUUAUGGUAUUAUGAAUCUAUCAGGUUUCCGUA